AUGGUGGACAUACUUCUAUCUGCCCUGGUGAGCUCUAUGGUGGGUAACUUGAAUACUUCAGCACUUCAAGAAUUGGGAAUUGCUUUGGGCCUGAGAGAUGAGCUUGACAACCUUGAGAGCACACUUUCCACCAUCCAAGCUGUUCUGCAAGACGCAGAGGAGAAGCAGUGGAAGAGUAAGCCUAUCAGUAAUUGGCUAAGAAAUCUCAAAGAAGGAGCUUAUGAUGCAGAUGAUGUUCUGGAUGAGUUUGUAACUGAAGCUCUAAUACAAGAGGCGGAGAAAGAGAAAGGUUUGAAAAGCCAAACUGGAAUCCAUUUCUAUGGAGAGAUCUAA